AUGGCACCGGGAGCGGCAGCGGCGCGGUGCUACGCGGAGGAGGAGGGGGACACCAGGAGCGACGGCACCAGGAGCUACGGGGAGGCGCGCUAUGUGGAGGAGGGCGGCGCGUCCUACGGCUGGUACCAGCGCUACGCCGCGCUACGCCCCUUCGUUUGCCGAUUGGUGCCUCCGGCCUCCCGCCUCCUCAUGAUCGGCUGCGGCUCCGUGCUUAUGUCAGAGGAUAUGGUUGCUGAUGGCUACAUGGAGAUAAUAAACAUUGACAUUUCUUUGGUUUUAAUUGAGAUGAUGAGAAAGAAGUACUUCGAUCUUCCACAGCUACAAUACAUGCAAAUGGAUGUUAGGGAUAUGAGUAAAUUCUCUGAGGAAUCAUUUGAUUGUGCAAUCGUUAAAGGUACUUUGGACUCUUUGAUGUGUGGUGUGGAGGCUCCUCUCAGCGCAGCGCAGAUGGUUCUAGAAGUGGAUAGGCUACUCAAACCAGGGGGAGUCUUUAUGUUGUUGACGUUUGGCUGCAAGCCUGCAAGAUAA